UGCAAGUGCAACCUCACCUGAUCAUCAGAACAAGAUGGCUUCAAGCCUUUAUUUCAUUGUGGUCCUCUGUUUGACCAGUGGAUUGUGGAUUGAAGGAAAUGCACAAGAUGAAAACUCAGAUGAUGCUCAAGAUGACUGCUGCAAAUCCUGCCCUGAAGGUUGGACUCAGUUUGGCCAAAAGUGCUACAUGUUCCACUUUAAUCCUAAAACCUGGGGUGAGGCAGAGCGUUUCUGCACUACUAUGGGUGGAAACCUGGCUUCCCUCCACAGCGAUGAAGUGCAUGACUUCCUCAUGGAGACGAUCACGAGAAUGACUGGCACAAAAACAAACACUUGGGUUGGAGCCUAUGAUGCAACACAGGAGGGUGUGUGGCUGUGGAGUGAUGGUUCCAAGUUUGAAUACAAAGCCUGGUCAGCUGUGGAGCCCAAUAACUGGGCUGGAAAAGAACACUGCAUGGAGAUGAACUUCAUGGGAAAAGACUAUGUCAAUGAUGCGGGCUGUGACAAGAAGAAAUCAUUUGUCUGUGCCAGAGACAUGUGGUAAAAUGAUUGGUUCAUCUGCUAAGUUGGUGGCAUAUUCCUACUGAUGAUGUCACUUCUACCAGGAUGUCGAGCCUCGACAACAUCUCUGCUAGAAGAUCUAUUGACAGUUCAGAUUUAAUUUCAAUAUAAUCAAUAAACAUA